GUGAAGCAAGGUAGGCUUCCCAGCACCCCUCCAUGCACAGCAGGGGCUGGCCAGCCUCAGCCAGGCCAGAUGGAGCCCUGGAGGGUGGGGCCGGCUGCCCAGCUAGAGUGUCUCCUUUUGCUUCCAGCAGGAAAGAAAAGGCCUCCUGUCAAUAGCAGAAUCAUCUACGUUUUCCCUGCCUUCCUCACUUAAAUGCUUUCGAGGAGUGGGAGGAAGAAAUUGGAGGCUGGAAUGAAUACCCUUUGCCCUCCUCUGAAAGCAGCCUGGAAGGGGUGAGGGGGUGUAGGAGCAGAGACUUCAAGUGGCCCCCACCUGCCAAACCAUUCUCAGGGACAGGUACCAGCUGCGAUGUUGGCAGCAGCCACUCCCCUGCAAGGAGCACCUCCCACUUCCUGUCCCGCACACCUGCCUCAUUGGAAAGUGACGCACCCACUGUUUGGCCUCGGCAGCCUGAUGUUUCUCAUCACACAGGAAGACGGUCAUGCUACAGGAAGACCUCGGACUUUGCAUCCAGCAGAUGAUUGUUCUAGGGAUUGCCAGACCGAGAACACACCACACACCCAGAAGGCACCCAAGUCGCAGAGCCUGAUAUUGUUCCCGGAGCACCAUUGCAUCACCCUUGACCACAAGACCUGCGUCAUUGGAGUUGUCUCAAAAACUUGGGACUCUGGAGAUAAAACCUCAUUGCAAGGCUACCUUUGCCACUGCAUCUUAGCAGCUUUUGAAGCAAAGCAUUUCAAUAUUUAGAUACUGUGUGUUUCUAAUGGGUACUGGGAUCAAAAUAAUAAAAACUCAGUCUGCAAAGGGAGAA